ACGUCUGCGGUCGAUGUGAAGUACGACGUCGGUAUGCCUCUUCUGUUCUGUUUUUGAUAUAAAACCAAAUAGCUUUAUUUUCUAUAACCGAAGCAGGCUAAGAAAGCAGUAACAAUUUUUUUCAACACGUUUUCGAAUAUCUUAGACUUUUAUUUUCACGCACAGUGGAUGAUAGAUGGAGAAUUCGUAACUAAAGAUGAGUUCAAUUUUUAAUUGUGUUGAAAAACUAUAUAAGAAAAAUCCGAAUGUGUAUAUCGAAUGUGUAUUAAAUUUGAAUUCAUCUUACAGCAAACAUUAGAUUCAACUUUAACUUUGGUUAAUCACGUCGCAUACCUAUAAAAAAGCAAAUAGACACCAUUUGUGUUGGUGGUGAAUCAUUGCUGUACGCAUUUAGAAUAACAGAAACGAGAAGCGUUGUGUGAUUGCUCACAUCGAUACAACUCAAAUAAAGAAGUCUAAUAUCUAGCAAAGGGUCAAUAAUGUUACUAGACUUUUCUGACGACAUCUUCAGUUACAGAUUUUAAACUGGGUGGAAAAACUAAAUUUUUGUAAAAACCUUGAUUUAAUCAAAUUUGAAUCAAAUCAAAAUCUUUUCAGUACUGUACCAACCAAUUGGUUAUUUUCAAGUAAAGAUGAGCUGAACAUGGUCAUAACUUUUCAUUUUGCAGGAAGAAAAUAAAAGCUUCCCUACGUUUUCUCUUCAUUACAUCGAGGAAGUUGUUAAUUAAAGGUGCAUUUCAAAAUUCUUACUGUUUUCUUUGCCGCGGCACAAUGGAUUUAUUUUAAUGCCAUUUCGAUAUAUUCAGUUGUCCGGCAUCAUUUGUUUUUCCGAGAAAAAGUAAUUCUCUAACACCUAUCAAAAUAAUUAUGCGUUUUUGCGGUCACCAUUAAUUUGUACUAAAUAUAUCUUCCACUUUUUGCUUUGCUUCAGUAGUUUUAAAGAGGUUUUUUUUCAUUCAUUUCACAAAAACAAAUGUUGCUACUAUGCUCAGCGUAGUCGAUUACUUAUAGUCCAUGGCAUUUUGAGAUUCCCAGAGAUGUCUGCUCGGAGACAGACACGUGCUCGGGGAAAGAUUACAGUCUUGAUAAUAAUCAGGUAUAGAAAGAGAGAGUUUGAAAACGAGUACUUCCAUCACAUUAUCGUAGUAUUACAAAGAGAUUAUCAAACUGACUUUAUAGUGUAACACUUCUUUAUAGUGUAAUAUUUCAAUAUCGACUAUGAUCACAUGUAAAAUAAAUACAUACAGACUUGAAUCUGAACAUGUGGUACGAGGACUGACGACUAAAUGCAUCCGCUAUAGUGUCACUAAAACAUAGAGGAUAUUCAAAAUUCGAACUGAAAUUCAUUGGAUGAAAAUUUUAGAUUUAAAUUAGCUUCAAAUGACAUUUCAUUUCCCCAUAUUUUUUUGUUAUGCUCAAGCGCAGCAACUGAGAUCUUCGAUGAGGGCGCCGCACGAUAAAUCUCCAGCACAGUCUGUUAGUGGUGCCCUCAUCGGAGAUCUCAGUAGCUACGCUUGAGCAUAACAAAAAAAUAUGGGGAAAUGAAAUGUUAUUUGAAGCUAAUUUAAAUCUAAAAUUUUCAUCCAAUGAAUUUUAGCUCGAAUUUUGAAUAUCCUAUAUGUUUUAGUGACACUAUAGCGGAUGCACUUAAUCGUCAGUCCUCAUACCAAUGGUCAGAAUUCUAAAACUGUCAUUUAUUCUCUUUAUUUUAGUCUAGGAUCUUGCAAAAUGGUUCUUAGAUAUUCUAUGGAUAAGCCAAUCACAGGAGAGUAAAAUAGACAACUCUUUUUUAAAGAUAAUGUUCAGAGAGAUGACCUGAAAUAUCUACUGAUGAAAACAGAAAAAGCCAAAAAGCAAGUUUUUGCUAUAAUCCAGAGAGAAAUAUCGCCAGAAAUCAGUCAAUUUUCCUAACAAGAAUAAAAUCAUCUACGAGUAAUAAAACUUCAGACAGAAGAGAGAUAGUCUGUCACGGCGAAUCGAUUAGAAAUACUUGGAGCUCUGUUAGACGGUUCAGAGGAUGUCCCGAAAACGUUUUAGCUUUAUAUCACACUGCACACUUUUUCCAUAUAGUAGGAUCAAAGAAGUACGCAACAUUUCUGAGCUAUUCUGCUAUUUUUAAAUUGACAUUAGAUGACGAACCUUACAUAUCAGAUCAGUGAAAAAUUCACAACAUAUUUUAGAUAGCGAACGCCGACCGAAGGGAGGCGUAAACUUAUUUUGGAUUCAAAAGUCAUAGAAGCAGAGCCCUGCAGGUUGCCAGUAUUUGGCAACCUAUAAGCUAACCUAUAAAAAAUUUCACAACCUAAUCCUAACCUAACCAUUGAAAAAAAAUAGAACAACCUAUAACCUAAUCUAGCCUAUAACUUUUGCAACCUAAUCCUAACCUAUACAGGUCAUCGCUAUAUAGGUAUCGCCGACCGAAGGGAGGCGUAAACUUAUUUUGGAUUCAAAACUCAUAGAAGGUCUUUCGCAGAUAUUAAUUCCUAAAGCCAAGGGACAGAGCGACUGCAGACGAGCGUUACCUUGCAAGGAAAUGGGGUCUAGAAAAUUAAUUGUUUGUUUGUCCGCAAAACAUGGAAAACUAACCGAAAAGUAAUCUAUGGGCUAACCAAACAGAAGAGGCAAAAAUGGAAAAAAAUGUCGAUGUAAAACUGAUAGAAUUAGGUUAUCUGAAGAAAGAGUGUACUCUAAUAGAUAGUUGUUUUACCACAUGUCCUCCACGCUCAGUACGAAAAAAGCAUCCAUGGAUUAUAGCUAAGACUAUCAAAUGACCGUUAUUUUACAGAGUCACAGUCAGUUGCUAAUAAUAACCGUGAUGAGACAACAAGUGAUCAGAAUGAAAGUGAUGAAGAGCAAAAUGAACGCGAAACAUCAACCACAACUGUAUCUAAACGGACGAAUAAAACUCAAGCGCGAUCAACAGCGACAACAACAUCAAAUGCCGAAUAA